AUGUAUACCUCAAAAUACUAUAUGACCCGCGGGUCUGUGAAAAACCCGCGGUAUACCGUGAACACCGUGCAUACCCGCAGAACUGGCGGGUCGGUGUACACCCGUACCGUGGCGGGUACGGUGUUUGCGGGUACGGGUGCGGUGUGGCCUCAGCGACCCGCGGGUUCACCCGUGCUCAACCCUAGCCAUAUCAUAUCAAGGGAGCCGCUGUCCUUCGGACUCGGGAUAUUGGGGUGGAUGGCACUGUAUGUGCACGCAAACAGAGUGAGAAUGGAGCUGGAGAUAAUAGUCCAUAUGGUUCUGGUCGUGAAUGAUGGUGCUUUAAAACUGUCGCUAGUAGUGGUGCAGCUUGGACCACUCCAGCGAGAUUUGGAAGCCAAAGUACUUCCUGAGAAUGGUAACGAAACUCCGGGCAAAAUAAAUGUGUAUAUGUGCAGUUUGGAUUAUCUCAACGAGGUAGAGGAAGAUCAGGGAAAUAUAUGCCCUGACUUCAUGGGCGCGAGGUAUCAAGCCACAAGGACAGCCAUGGUCUCCCCUACCAUCACAGAAGUACAAGCCGCAGAGACUCUACGUACCACUUGGGUGUUAACUAAUGAGGAUUUGUGUCUUCAAUGGAGGGAACAAGUUGCUGAAGACGAACCCUUUCAACUAGAGGAAAGCACCGCGAGAGCCGAUGAAAAGAAGAAGAACCGUUCUAAGCAUUCCGCAAUUAUCAUGCGCCCCCGGCCCUUCGCGAACGACGAAGAAGCUCUAGUAUCAGAAUUUGCCUUGCGAAAGAUAGACAGCGGGAAAUACGUUGAACUCUACUAUUGGACAAACCAGGGCUUAGACGAUGCGUUGACCAACUACCGUACCAGAGACGACGACAGCAUGGUCCCUUCCAUUGGGGAAGAUGGUUCCACCGUGUGGGUCAGUGCAGCAACGUCAAAGCCAGCCGCAGGAGUCAUAGCGGAUAGAGAUCUCUCUCCGGUUGACUUCGCCCAGGCCAUUCCACGCAUCAUGGCAGCCAUCGAAGAACGUGACUGGACGAAGCAGCGCACUCUGAUGCUUGCUCAGUUCUGGGGCGCCAUCAUGAUGCAUCGGUACUGGAACUCCAACGACUUGUUAGCCAGUCGCGCAAUCUUACUUUACCAAGAGGAGCAACGUCGGGCUUGGCACAGCGCCAUCCUUUCAUCCAAUGGCGCCUGGGACAUUUCCAUCAUAGAUGAACCUACUCUCGUUCGAACCUUCGAACGGGUUUAUCGUGCUUCUCUCAUCCGCACAACGAAUAUACCUCCGGAAGCUACGUUCCAACCGUUGCUCGAGGCGAUCAAAGCGUUCUCCUUCUCCGCCAGCUAG